GGUCCGAAAAAAAUAGUUAUCGAGCAUCAUGAACAUCGCUUGCUACCAGUAUGCAGUCAAAGGAUAUGUGGAAAAUUUACCAUCUUGUAUUUUGGUGUGGAAUUUAUUUCAUUACAGAAAAUGACUUCAUCAGGACAAUGGCAAUGUAUUGUGCUGUUGUCAUAACACUGUUGAAACUUAUUGAUUACUGUACACUUUUUGAGAAAACGGACACAAAAGUCAUACAAAUUAAUGAAUUGAACGCUGAAGAAGAUAAACUACCAUCGCCACGUUCUCCGCAUUCAACUGUCCCUGCAACAAAUAUUCCCUGUGUAUUUUCUUCGUCAAAAAAAUACGGGCAUUUUUUCCAGCCAUUAAUAAGUGCUGAAUGCUCGUACAAUUUAAAACUGGGCGAAAAACAUUCGUUUGAAUGCAAAAUCGUUAGCUCUCAAAACUACAAUAAAAAAUCAAAAGUACGUUUUCAAAUGAAUAGUAAAAAUAAUGUAUUUGUAGUAGACGAAGAAUUAUGGAUUUCAAGUCCAAAAAUGACCAACGCCAUAAAAGGAAUUGUUACGAACUUUGACCAGUUCAUGAGCGUUGUUGAUGUAGAAGUAAAUUUUUCAAUCGACUUGCCUAUUGGGACACCGGCAACUUUAAAAAAGUCAUUUGAUAAAACCCCUUACACUCGGAUGGAAGCGGCACUUGCUACUUUUUCUUACAAGUACGAAUCUGUUUCACCUGAAGUAAGAUCAAUGUUGCUCGGACGUCAACAACAACAUUCACCCGAACGUGACGAAAAUCUGACAGAUAACAGCCUAUUAGCUCCCAAUUUACCUGGUUUGAAUGAGUCACAGCUGUCUGCUGUGAGCCAUGCCCUACGCACGCCAGUUUCUCUAAUCCAAGGGCCUCCCGGUACUGGAAAAACGGUUACUUGUGCCAAUAUUGUAUACAAUCUGUCCAAGUCCGGAACCGUAUUAGUUUGCGCACCGUCGAACAACGCUGUUGAUAACUUGGCAAAUGCCGUGGCUAAAACAGGCAUCGAUGUCGUUAGACUUGUGAAAAAAACGAAAGAGACGGUUAAAAGUGAUCUUUCAAAUAUAUAUCUUAGUGAACAAAUUAAAAAGCUUGCUGGUCAUUCAGAAUUUAAAACUCUUCAAGGGCAGAUUGAUCAAGGUGUCGAGUUGAGCCCAAAUGAGAGAAGGGACUACAAUUAUCUGAGAAGAAUGGCGGAAAUCGACUGUCUAGCGAAUUGUCGAGUGGUGUGCACAACUUGCUCCGGCGCCGGCGACAACCGUUUAGAAAAAAUCAAUUUUUCUUCGGUGGUCGUGGAUGAAUGCGCUCAAGGCUUAGAACCGGAAUGCAUCAUUCCAAUCACCCACGGAGCCAAAAAAGUGGUGUUAAUAGGUGACCACUGUCAGUUGGGGCCGGUUGUUACGUGUCCGGACACUAGAAACGGAGGUCUGCAUCGUUCUCUGUUCGAGAGAUUGGUAGCUGCUGGCCUACAACCAGUUCGUUUAACUGUACAGUACAGAAUGCACCCCGAGAUCAGCGAGUACGCUUCACAAACUAUGUACGAGAGUACGAUUAGGAACGGCGUAACUUGUAGCGACCGAACUGGGUCGAUUGAUUUCACGUGGCCUAACCCAAAUGUGCCGAUGGUAUUUUACUCUUCCGAUGCCAACGAACGAAAAUCGCGAUCGGGCACGUCUUUCUUGAACUAUGGAGAGGCGAAAGUUGUUGAACAACUAGUAGCCAAACUCCUUAGCAAAGGAGCUACUCCAAAUCAAAUUGGUGUUAUAACUCCAUAUGAAGGACAGCGAUCACUUUUGAAACAAAUUCUAAACAAGAACAAAGGGGUGGAAGUCAGUAGUGUGGACGCUUUUCAAGGCCGUGAAAAGGAGUACAUUAUUAUAUCGUGUGUCCGCUCGAACGAGAGAAACGUUGUAGGUUUCCUGAACUGUGUCCGUCGGCUAAAUGUGGCACUUACGCGUGCAAAGUUUGGUCUUUUUUUAGUUGGUAACGCUAACUUUUUGGUGAAAAACCCUACGUGGAAAAAUUUACUUCGGUAUUAUGACGACAGAAAUUUGAUUGUCGAAGGGACAGUUGAUGAUAUGUGUACAGCACAUAUUAAGUUUGAUUAA